CGCGGCGGCGGCGAGGAGCUGUGCCUUCCACCUCUCCAGCCCCGGCAGGACGGGGGCGACCGCCGCGGGCCCGGGGCGGGGACGGCACGCAGACUCGCAGCGCUCACCCCCGCCCAGCAGCGGCCCCGACACCCGGGGCGAGCGGGAAAGCGGCGGCGGCGGCGGGGGAAGGAUGCAGGGGAAGAAGCCGGGCGGCUCAUCGGGCGGCGGCCGGAGCGGCGAGCUGCAGGGGGACGAGGCGCAGAGGAACAAGAAGAAGAAAAAGAAGGUGUCUUGCUUCUCCAACAUCAAGAUCUUUCUGGUGUCCGAGUGCGCCCUGAUGCUGGCUCAGGGCACGGUGGGUGCCUACCUGGUGAGCGUCCUGACCACGCUGGAGCGCAGAUUCAACCUGCAGAGCGCAGAUGUGGGCGUGAUCGCCAGCAGCUUCGAGAUCGGGAACCUGGCGCUCAUUCUCUUCGUGAGCUACUUCGGGGCGCGGGGGCACCGGCCGCGCCUCAUCGGCUGCGGCGGCAUCGUCAUGGCGCUGGGCGCGCUGCUCUCGGCACUGCCCGAGUUCCUGACGCACCAGUACAAGUACGAGGCGGGCGAGAUCCGCUGGGGCGCCGAGGGCCGCGACUUCUGUGCUGCGAACGGCUCCGGCGGCGAUGAGGGGCCCGACCCUGACCUCAUCUGCCGCAACCGGACGGCCACCAACAUGAUGUACUUGCUGCUCAUUGGGGCCCAGGUGCUCCUGGGCAUUGGUGCUACCCCCGUGCAGCCCCUGGGGGUCUCCUACAUCGAUGACCACGUGCGGAGGAAGGAUUCCUCGCUCUACAUAGGAAUCCUAUUCACGAUGCUGGUAUUUGGACCAGCCUGUGGGUUUAUCCUGGGCUCUUUCUGUACCAAAAUCUACGUGGAUGCAGUCUUCAUUGACACAAGUAACCUGGACAUCACCCCGGAUGACCCCCGCUGGAUCGGAGCCUGGUGGGGCGGCUUUCUGCUCUGCGGUGCCUUACUCUUCUUCUCUUCCCUCUUGAUGUUCGGGUUUCCACAGUCCCUGCCCCCGCACUCAGACCCCGCCGUGGAGAGCGAGCAGGCCAUGCUCCCCGAAAGAGAAUACGAGAGGGCCAAGCCCAGCAACGGAGUCCUGAGGCACCCCCUGGAGCCAGACAGCAGUGCCUCCUGCUUCCAGCAGCUGAGAGUGAUCCCGAAGGUCACCAAGCACCUGCUUGCAAACCCUGUGUUCACCUGCAUCAUCCUGGCUGCCUGCAUGGAGAUUGCAGUGGUGGCUGGCUUCGCUGCCUUCCUGGGGAAGUACCUGGAGCAGCAGUUUAACCUCACCACCUCUUCUGCCAACCAGCUGCUUGGGAUGACCGCGAUCCCGUGUGCCUGUCUGGGGAUCUUCCUAGGUGGUCUCCUGGUGAAGAAGCUCAGCCUGUCUGCCCUGGGGGCCAUUCGGAUGGCCAUGCUGGUCAACCUGGUGUCCACAGCUUGCUACGUGUCCUUCCUCUUCCUGGGCUGUGACACAGGCCCUGUGGCUGGGGUUACUGUUCCCUAUGGAAACAACUCAGCGCCUGGCUCAGCCCUGGACCCUUACUCGCCCUGCAAUAAUAACUGUGAAUGCCAAACCGAUUCCUUCACUCCUGUGUGCGGGGCAGAUGGCAUCACCUACCUGUCUGCCUGCUUUGCUGGCUGCAACAGCACGAAUCUCACGGGCUGUGCAUGCCUCACCACCGUUCCCCCUGAGAACGCAACCGUGGUUCCCGGAAAAUGCCCCAGUCCUGGGUGCCAGGAGGCCUUCCUUACCUUCCUGUGCGUGAUGUGUAUCUGCAGCAUGAUCGGGGCCAUGGCCCAGACGCCCUCCGUCAUCAUCCUCAUCAGGACAGUCAGCCCUGAAUUCAAGUCUUACGCCCUGGGAGUUCUUUUUCUCCUCCUCCGUUUGUUGGGUUUCAUUCCACCACCCCUCAUCUUCGGGGCCGGUAUCGACUCCACCUGCCUGUUCUGGAGCACGUUCUGCGGGGAGCAAGGUGCCUGCGUCCUCUACGACAACGUGGUCUACAGAUACCUGUAUGUGAGCAUUGCUAUCGCGCUCAAGUCCUUCGCCUUCAUCCUCUACACCACCACGUGGCAGUGCCUGAGGAAAAACUAUAAACGCUACAUCAAAAACCACGAGGGCGGGCUGAGCACCAGUGAGUUCUUUGCCUCUACUCUGACCCUAGACAAUCUGGGGAGGGACCCUGUGCCUGCAAACCAGACACAUAGGACAAAGUUUAUCUAUAACCUGGAAGACCAUGAGUGGUGUGAAAACAUGGAGUCCGUUUUAUAGUGACUAAAGGAGGGCUGAACUCUGUAUUAGUAAUCAAAGGGUCAUUUUUCUUACAAAAGAAAAAGUUUCCAAAAAAAACACACCAAAACUCAACACACACACUCCACACACACACACAUACACACACACACACACACACACACACCCCUUUUGUCCUAUCAGAGCCAGACAGGAUUCAGACUGAGGAGAGAAUGGGAUGUGUCUGACGUGCAGUAGGCCCUGGAGGACACUCGCUGGGCCGCAGAGUCUACUUUGAAGGCACCUCAUGGUUUUCAGGAUGCCGACAGCUGCAAGCAACAGGCACUGCCAAAUUCAGGGAACAGUGGUGACCACCUUGGAGGAUGGACAUUUAUGGAUAUACAUACACAUACAAAACAAACAUUUUUUUUUUAAGUCUACUAAAGGAAAAAAAAAAAAAAACAAGUUGAGAACAUUGCCAGAUUAAGCACUAGUGCACUAGUGACACACCCCGUGCCACCCUCUCCCUGUGCGUGGGGGUGGGGAGGCACAAAAAGCAGGGGGUAGAAACCCCACUCUAACUUUUGCAAUAUGGGUCACUGUGUAGACAACUCACCCAGUCUGCAUGUAGUUCAAGGCCCCAGAGUUUUCUCAGCGAUGCUAAUGGGUGAUCCAUGCUGGAGUCUGUCACUGGCACCUCUCACCAGCUCCAUUUCCAUGUUCAAGACUGAGGGCCCAAGGGGGGUGGCCGGGUGAGGGGCCAGCACUUCCCCGUCCUCUGGCCACACCUCCCGGGGCAGGCUUCCACCUUCCCCCAGCCCCGCAGAGUGACCUCAGGAAGCAGUGGGCCUCACCUGGCCAUGACUGACCCAGCUCAGAGCCGGUGAGACCCAACACAGUCCAAGUCAUUUGCUUACAUUUGCCAAACAUUUUGCCAUUUUUAAAAAUACAAUGCAUAUGAAUUUCAAACUGUUGUGUGUAUAAUCCUCUAAUACUAUUUUUAACUACUCCUAAAAUCUGUGUUAACUCUUCCGUCACUAACACAGUUCUACAGGCCGGAUUUAUUAUGCUGGUUGCUUUUCCUUUCCUCCUUUUUCAAUGCACCAAAAAUAUAAUGUGAUUCAAGGGAUGCAAUUAAUCGAUUGUAAUUUUUAUCAUUUUAUCCUCAUUUGGAUAUUCUGCAAAAGCAAAAAUAUACAAUGUGUUACAAGAAGGAAAAAAAAAUUACUUCAAAAAGAGUGUAUAUGCAGCCUGCCUUUAAAAGAAUCACAUUUGAGACCACAGGGAAUAAUGUGAUGAAUUGCAAAUUGGCCUUCUAGCUUUAUUCCCCAUGAUUCAGUGAUCACUGUCAUGGGAGGCCCUUUCAUAUUCAUCCUUGACAUUCCAAAAGGCAUUCUUUUCAGCCUGUGGAGGAGACACUCUCAGCUGUGGGUUUGUGCAUAUGGGCACAAUCCUUCUGGGGAUAGGAAACGAGAGAAGGACUGUUCCCUAACUCAAGCUGUUGAGCAGUCUGUAGUGUCUGUGAUAAUGUAUGGACCCACAAGCUCCUGGAAGCUAGUGCGUGUCCAAUGCAUGAAAAUGCCAAUGAUGAUUUCAGAGUUAAUCUUGGACUAAGAGGCCUUUGUGUGUGCUUUGAAAGUGGCUGAACUCAACCAGUUAGAGAAUGAACUUCAUUGUUUCGGGUAAGAAUCCCAUGGGAAAACCUCUUGUCACCCAGAGAUACCUAAGGGAACAGAGCUCAGGUGAGUUAACACAGGUGUGACACAAGAUGCACAGCAGAGGGCCCGGUUCACUUAUCCUUCCGACAUCCUCAGUGACUUUGGUUCACACCACAUUUGUAGCCCUAGAAAAGACCUCAAAGGUGGAUUGGUUGGUUUGCUUUUCCCCCCUCUGACGUAUAUUUUAUUAACAAGGCAACAAAAGAAUCAGGAAAUAAAAGGCAGGGAGGUGUUCACAUUGUAAAAGGGGCGGUGAGUAACAGCCCAAAUCUAGAGAAAGCACAGAGUCACAGUGCAGGGCCACUGUGGUCAGCUCCCUGGGACAGGAUGCUUCCGAAACAGUCCUUUCACCUAUCUGUUGACUGUUAGUCUAUCCUCGUUCGUGAAAAUGGUGGUGCUCAUCAGUGUGUUAACUAGUAAAGGAGGGAUGGUUCUCCAACCAAUUCAUAAAAUAUGUAUGCUCUAUUGUUCCUAAGACUUUGAAAACAUUCUGUACAGGUUUUGGCUUAGUUUUGUUUUGAAAAUGUAUUGCUUAAGAGGUCACUGCCCUCUGUAGUUUAUCUCCUGGCCUCCAAACUCAGUACUUAGACACUGAGGCUCUAAGACCUACCAUUUCAUGGGACUAUUUGUCUUGGGUGGAUAAAACGUUUUUUUAACACUUUGCAUUUUGGAUUUUUUUUUUUUGCCCUAAGUUUUCAGGAUGAAUGAGAAAAGAUGUUAGAAUGACAAAUGAAAACAACUCCAAAGCUGAGUUUUAUCAGCAAUUGGGUAUAAAUGUAAAGACCCUAUUAUUACCAACUGGUUCUGAAGUAUGUUGUGUCAUCUUUUAAAGUCUUAAAAUUUCUCUGAUAUGCUGCAGCACAGAAAACUCAGUGUAGUUUUACUUUUCCUUUUGUGUUGUAAAGAAAGAACCAUUGUACAUACAAUGCUAAGAUCCAGCCUCGUGGCUGUCUGUUUGGUUUUGAGUGGUAUCUUGACUGAAAAGGUUUCCUGGUAAGAUUUUCAUUGGAUUUACAGAAAACAAAAACGUACGGGAUGGAAUAAACCUAGAAAGUGAAUGUUAGACUUCUUUCUCUUUGCUACAAACUCUUCCACCAUUUAGCUGAACACGCCCUGGGAUGGAUGAAAAGUCUGUCUUUACUGAAAGAUCUUUGGGGUUUUUUUUAACCAAUAUUCCCUUGUAUGAAGUAAACACAUUUUGCAAAGGUGUCCCUCUAGGAGACAGGAUUUGCUAGUUGUCUUCAGCUAAGGCUGCAUGCUGUCAGGGAAGGCCAGCUCUGAGGCUCCAAGGCACCCUGGGGACACCACUGUUAAGAAGCCCACAGCGGGCAGCACCUGUGGCUCAAAGGAGUAGGGCGCCAGGCCCAUCUCCCAGAGGUGGCAGGUUCAAACCUGGCCCUGGCCAAAAAUUGCAAAAAAAAAAAAAAAAAUUAAGAAGGCCACAGCAUGCCAUGGCGACUUCCUCACAGCAGAUGCAGGAGCCAGAAAAGCCUCCUGUCUGCCUCCUGGGGAGCUUGCUGGUAGAGCUUAACAGGCAAAAUAAUAAGGAGAAACCAAGAACUUCUAAGGAAUUAUUUGAGAGAGUUGCUAACGUCUGCUGAGCAGGAAGGGGCAUGCUUCUCCAUAAAACUCCCUGCUUUUUCACCACCUUACACGGGAAUAGUUUACACUAGUGAUGAUUUUCAAAGUUUGCUUAAUUGAUGUCUGUACAUCCCAGUCCCAAUUCGACCUCACUGUGUCUAGUAAGGAUUUCAGGUUCCCCCCACUCACUCCCACAAGGUUUUUCCCAGCCCUCCUUGUCAGAAAGUCCACAGCCCUGAGGUAACCCAGAGAAAUAUCCCACACAAAGACAACCAGCUCGUCCCUGGGAUGACAGCCACACCACUCUCAAAGAAUUUUCUCAGGAAAGAGUCUUGCUAAUGGGAGAUUCUUUCACACCUUCCAGAGAGGGCCGUUCAUUGUGAAGAGCAUGUAAAGAAAUAUGUAUAUACAUACACACUAACAGGAAAACCCUCUGAAGAAGAGUAGUUGGCUCCCUGUGUGCCCACCAGGCUGGUUUUCUUGCUGCCUGCAGCUGCUUUAGGUCCUAGGAAAUAAUGGACAUUUCUCUACCCAGCUGUGCCUGCCAGACCAGAGCAGUCUGUUCCAAGCACUGCCCAGGAGUCCCAAAAGCCCUACUCAGAGGUGUUAAGCAGUGAAGUUCAAGGUGUAGAAAUCAAUGCAUCUGGUCAUACAGUCAAGACCAGAAGGACAAGAUGAGCUUCUGUUGCAGUUUGGUAGAGCAACGCUGUAUUUGUUACUAUUUGUUUGCAUGUUUGGUCUGGUUUGGGUUAGAUGAGGGGAGAAACCCAGGCAAGCAGUUUUUCACUCCAACAGACGGAGAAUACUUGCUGCCUUGUACUUUUCUUACCGAUCUUAAUGGCUUAGGAGAGGCAUCUGCCAGAAAACCAGGGGAAGUUCCAGACACACAAUAGGGGCUUUAUUGCUCUGCUGGGCUAGUGCUACUGCCCUCUUACUGGCUGUCCCAACCAUGAUUCGUAUUUCACUUUAGGGACUAUUUCCCCUUCAGUUAGAAUCCAGGUCACAUCCCUCAGAGGCACCAAAGUUUUCUGAGAGUAGGUGCUAGUGAAAUUAAAUUUGGCUUGAAAAAUUAGUUCAAGACCCAAAUACGUAGCUAUCCUUUCUCUACCCCUCUCUCUCCUUUCAUCUAGCUGCCUCUCCCAGCUCACUCUAUACCUUAAUCUCUGAACAGCUGUAAGGACCUAAUCUUUUAGAGCAACUGGCCCUAAAUGACAGAUUGUGGGACCCAGCCCCCCUACAGUAUAAAUGUUGCUCAAGAGUAAAUUGGAAAAACCUCUCACUAGUGGACUACACAAGGUAUUUUUGUUCAGAUGCCACUUACGGGCCUUGUUGCUUAGAAUAACACGUGGAAUCCAUACUGACUAUGGAUUCCAUACUGACACAGCCAUGCAUUCCUGCCUCCCCUUCCUCACAUUUGUGACCUCAGCAACCCAAGGUGCCUGGUCAUCACAGCAGGGCAACGUGGGUUAUAAAGCCUAAAGUGGGCAAUUUAGAAAAGUAGAGAUGGUCCUGCCCCUCGGAAAAGUCUGCUGCCAUGGAGACAAAGACGAAAGAGCAUAUACUCAGGGAGCAUCCGUGUGGCAACCUGAUUUUUAUUUGCAGGCUUAGUUUCAUUUGACCAUGCAUUGUAUGAGCUUGAGCUGUUCUAAACAUGUAUGUAUUAGUACCUCAAAAUUUUAGCUCUGUGCCAGGCCUUGGACCCAAUAUAAAGGGGAAAGGGGCAUCAUCCUUGCCCUCUGAGAACUCAUAGUUCAAUGUGCUGGAUAGACCGGAACACAAACACAAUUGGGAGAAUAAUAUGAAGCCUUAAGGUCUGUCUGGGAGUAGGGAGAGCUGAUUCAUUGGGGUGAGUUCUGCCUGAUGGCAAGGAGAAUCAGGUUGUGGAGAGAGACUGCUCAAGAAACUAAAUGGUAAGGGAGAUGGGGAGAUUCCAGAGACAGGCAGAAGAGCCCCCCCAAAGUAUGUUCACAGGCUUUUUCUGUAAAGGGUCAAGUAGUGAAUGUUUUAGGUUUUGUGGGCCAUAGUCACAACUGCUAUUACAGCAUGAGAUUAGCCAUAGACUGUCGGUAACAAAUGAAAGUGCUGUGUCCCUUUAAAGCUUUAUCUACAGAGACAAUUGGUGGCUGGAUAUGGGCAAUGGAAAUCCAGGUGGGCUGAUCUGUGUUCUGUGAGAUCGAAGGUAGCAUCACGUGCUUGUGGGGUGCUCACUGCUAAGUGUGUGGGGGAGACAAGUCCCAACACCUAAGCAUGUGUCAGAAGGGACCUAGAGCUAAACACUUUUGUGAGAUCCUAAUUCAUAUCUCUCAUUUACUGUCAAGGUUUAAAAUGGAAGGCAACAUUAUUUUUCUCUUGUGCAAUGUGGAGAAUUUGAACUGUACACUCUACAGUUCUCCCUUCUCUGAGACUCACAAUUUAACUAGAGUGACCAUCCGUAAGUGACCGAAAUAGGCACAUGAGGGAGAAAUGUAGGAACCAGAAACAAGUGAAUCCAGAUACUGAGUAAUAUUAAAAUAUUUCAAACCCCUUUCUUCCUUCCAACACAAAGCAUUGGCACUCUGAAGCUAACAGAUGUGCUGGGUGGAAAAACUGGUAAGCACUGAUAAUGACUGCUAAUAAUAAUAAUAGUAGCUACUGUUUAUCAAGCACUUCCCACGAACCAACUACUAGGCUGAGGUUAUUACAGUAUUAUUUAAUGUCAGCAAAGCCCUGUGAGAUAGGAACUGUUAGCUUCGGUUUAGAGGGGAGGGGGAAAUAAGACUUGGAAAGCUGCCAAAUUGGCUCAAGUUCAUAAAGCAGAGCUGGGAUUCAAACCCAGGUCUGUGAAUCCAAAGCCCAGGUCCUUAGUCAUGGGUACUGUCUCCCUACUAGGCAAGACACGAGGGACUACUCCCCACUUUUAGAGACUGCAUCGUCAGAAAGACUCUAGCCCAAAGGUACUAUGGGGCCCCACACAUACUUACAUGCCUCUGAUAGCACCACUAGGACACGGUGGCUAUAUCUAGGGCCAUCCAUUCUUCCUGUGUCAUUUCUGGUCUUAAGCCCUGACCCCAGUUAUGCAUUGACAGAGGUGUUCUAGCAGAAAUGGACAAGUCAAGAGGAAAUAGGAGAUUUCCCUCUAAAGCAUUCUGAAAUUCACUGUCAAAGAAUGCCAGCAAGGCACUUUCCUCCAUGCUGGGCAUCAACUCCAGUGGGGAGAGCCCCAGAGAACUCAUGCCUGGCUCCGCUGUGGUCCACACCGUCACCCAACGGAGCUCAGCUCUGAAGCUGGUCCCUGGUUGGAUUUGUCUUACUCUGUUCUCAGAUUCCAGGCUUUUCAGAACAGAAUCUCUGCCAGAAGUCCUCAAACUUUGGGGGCCAGUUCACUGUCCCUCAGGCCGUUAGAGGGCCGGACUAUAGUUAAAAAAAAAAAAAAAAACUGAACAAAUUCCUAUGCACACUGCACAUACCUUAUUUUGAAUUAAAAAAAAAAAAAGGGAACAAAUACAAUCACACUGCCACAUGUGGCCCGUGGGCCGUAGUUUGAGGACCCCCUCAAUAGUGACUUAGGUCAACCAUCAGGAGUUGGUUAUCAGACACUUUGAAUAUUUUUCCAUAGGUAGAAGUGAUUAUGUUCCUUUGCUAUGAGCAAAUGAAACAACGUAGCACAUUUUCUGCAGGUUUAACUUUCUAUAGACUGAGAUUUUUGCCAUUAUUGUUUUUCUUAAAUUCAUGCUAACUUAAUAGAAAAUGACUCUCAUGGAGACAGGCUUGGCAUGACUCUCUGAUUUUAUAAUCUGAGGCCGUAAAAUGAAGUAAGCAAUGUAGGAAGUUUCAUCACGAGAGGAACCCCACUGAACACAAAUUGUGCUCUACCCCACACCAGUAGAGAGGGAGCGGGCUGGGACGCUUACAUUAAGAGCAACCCACUUGCAAGGUGCCACGCAUGCGUGCUGCCAGGUAUUACUUCCAGCAGCCUGGAGGUGAGUAUAAUUUAUUUUCCACUUUACAGCUACAAAAGCUAAAGCGCAGCAAAUCCAACAUUCCCAAGGUCACAUAGCUAGUUAGAAAGUCACCGGGAGCACUUGACGGAUCUGACUCCUGAACCAGUGCCCUUUCUACUCCCGCAUGGUCCCCGCAGUAAGAAUGUGGAUCUGGCUUCUUAGGAAGCCUCUACAAAGCCAAAAGUGCAGCCUCCGCUGGGAAAGCUCAGGCGGGAAACUAUAAUCAUAGAGAAGGGAGCCAAGAGGUGAGAGGCAGGCGGAGGUGAGAAGCUCUGUAGAAUUUUGCUUAUGGGCGCUGAAAUCUUAAAAUGAGAAAAACGAUGUUUCACUUCAAUAAUUAAAUAGUGGAUGUCUUUCAAAACACCACACAUCCCUUCCUCAACCUUAGCUGUAUCAGCAGACGCUCCCUGGCCACCCAUCCGUCUCUUACUCUGUUGAACAGGAACCAAUCCCAGCCCUCUCAUUGCUGUCCCACCUUUUCCAACUCCCUAACCCCAACAUGUCCAAGCUCAACCCCUCAAACCAUGAGAACUAGAGCCUCCCCAAAGUUGAGUAAGGAUGCUUCCAAUUGCCCAGAACCCACAUCUUAGCUUCAAGAUCAUGAGGGAAGGAGUGACAUUUCUACACUUUUUUCUUUUUUGGUAGAGACAGGGUCACUGUUGCUCAGGCUGGCCUUGAACUCCUGGCCUCAAGCAAUUCUCCCACCUCAGCCUCCCAAAAUGGUGAGAUUACAAGCGUGAGCCACUGUACCUGGUGUAGGAGUGACAUUUCCAAGCUGUCAUCUUAUGUACCACCAGGUCAAAGGCUAAAGAGAACAAAUAAAUGGACGGAGACUUCCCUGGCCCCACUGCGCCUGUCAGUGAACAGGAAAGCUGCGUGUGACAGUCAGUGAGGCCUGCUCGGCUAGAGAAUCCUCUCAGGGACUGGUUGGGUUUUUAAUAUCUUUUAAAUGAAGCCACAGCAUCUAUUUUGGAAGUGUGGCAUAGGGUAAAAGCCUACUCCCACGAGGAAAUUGUUUUGCUUCUCAUGCGGUGAAUAUCUGUGACUUAAUGAGAAAGAAACCAUCCCAGAUGCGGGAGGAGAAAUUGUGACGUCAGGUGGUUUUCUCUGCUGCUCAGUCCCCACGUUCAGUGACUGAGUCCUAGGACACAGGUCUGUCACUGGUGAGUUACGUCAGAGCAGGAUAAAUGACUAGGACACGUCGUGUUUAUACCCAGCAGCCACCAGGGUAUUGGCAUGGACACGUAGAUAAAUACGCCUCUCGGGAAGAUGUGGCCUCCAGAAAGGUCUCUGGGCUUGGAAUUAGUCCCUUGGGGUUCCGUGGCGUGAACACCAGCGCGGUGUUGCUUCAGCUGCCUCCGCCUGCCCACUCCCCGGGAAAGCCAGGAUGCUAUUACAUAAGCCUGACAAAAAGUAGGAAAAGCAGAAAAGACCGAUCUCUUUUUUUCCUCUUGGCUCUUCUUCCCUCCUCCCCCUUUAGGCACAGAGUACCAAGACAUUGAGACUGAGAAAACCUGCCCCGAGUCACAUUCACCUUCAGAAGACUCCUUUGUGAGAAGCUGAGGGCCUGGCCCUCUUCCACCUCCUGCAGAGAGCAGCCCACCACCCACAGACCUCGCAGGCCUGACUUAGAGUGCUCUUCCCUGCCCAAGAACCCAGGGGUCCCAGUGUGCACCAUCCAGCCAGUGUGUGGUCCUCUGAGGCCCCCAGUGCAGGCCUGUGAUGAGGACUGAGGAGGUGAUUUACAAUCAGGAGUCCUUGAAACAGCCCUCACAGUAGGCGUUCUUUUCUGGGUCACUAAAGAGUAAAGUUGACCCGGUACGCAAAUUCCCUUCCGGCAGUCCCUCCUCUGGCUCCCGUGGGGCUGGCUUGCUGAUAUGCUUUAGAAACCCCCCCUCUCAGGAAUGCGUCUGUGACCUAGGGCCCCAGCAGUUCUAAGGAAAUCAGCCCAGGGGGUCAAAAAUCACUGUUUCACAGAAUGGAGGGGGUAAAAAAGCACAUGCUCAAUAGAUUUUGAGUGUGGUAUUCUGUAUUUUUGCAGCUUCUAUUUUGCAGAUGAGCAGUUUAGAACUAUGUGAUGUAAAGUACAUACUGUACGUUUGCUGAAAAUUAUAUUAAAAGCACUAUUUUAAUUCUUA